AUGCGGAUCCCGUUGUUGAAGUGGUCCGACUUGGAUAAGUCAAAUACAAGGUGGUUCGCUGGCAGGGAGGAGGCGGCGGAGGAGGAGGAGGAGGAGGAGGAGGAGGAGGAGGAGGAGGAGGAGGAGGAGGAGGAGGAGGAGGAGGAGGAGGAGGAGGAGGAGGAGGAGGAGGAGGAGGAGGGAGGAGGAGGAGGAGGAGGAGGAGGAGGAGGAGGAGGAGGAGGAGGAGGAGGAGGAGGAGGAGGAGGAGGAGGAGGAGGAGAGGAGGAGGAAGAGGAUGGGAAAGAGGGGACUGGUUCAGUGAGUCUCCGCGCACCUCUCCCCGCUCCUCUCCCCGCGAGCUCCCGCGCCAAUCACGACUCGCCUGCAGGUAGCCCCCGCCACCAGGUGCCGCCUCCCCUUCCCUGCCAAGCCACUCAGGUAAAACCUCCCUCGACGGACGCACAUACAAAUCCUGGCCACACAGCCGACUCCCCAUCAGGGAGCGGACGGUUGAGAUACGAUCCUGAGGCGAUCGCGGCGGAGUACAGAUGGCGGCCCGUGACAGUAGCGAGGCGCACGGGUGUGACUAUAGCGGAGAUGGGGCGCAUGUGGUGGCGGAAACAGACAGUGGCGGACGUGAAAGUGCGCGCUAGGAAGUUCAGGGAGUCUCUUGUUCGCCUCGGCCCCUUCUAUGUCAAGGCCCUGAGCACACGGCCCGACAUCCUGCCGUCCGAGUACUGCGCUGAGCUGGCGCUGCUGCAGGACCGCAUGGCGCCCUUCCCCUGCCACGUGGCACUUGCUACAGUGCAGCGCGAGCUGGGAGUGCCGCCCACCGAGCUCUUUGCUGAGUUCAGCCCCGCCCCUGUGGCUGCUGCGUCGCUCGGGCAGGUGUACAAAGCCCGCCUGCGCUCCGGCGAGUGGGUGGCGGUGAAGAUCCAACGGCCAGCAGUGCAGCAGCAGAUCGCCCUGGACUCCCUCGUGGUGCGCCGCGUGGCAGCGCUGCUGCAGCCUCUCGUGCACGGCAGAUCCGAUCUCGUUGCCAUCGCCGACCAGCUGGUGAGGAUACGGACAAACGCGCUUAAAAAUUCUCCAGCCACCUCACUCCCCUGCCAGGUGUGCCGCAUGUUCGAUGAGGUGGACUAUGAGCAGGAGGGGCGCAAUGCAGAGCGCUUCCAGGCGCUCUAUGGCGACCACCGGCCCCGGCCCGUUGAUCAAGAGCAAUCCACGUCCUCUCAGGGCACACGCCGUGGCCUUGUGAAGGUUCCAAGAAUCUUCUGGGAGUACUCCAGUCGUCGCGUGCUCACUAUGGAGUGGAUCGAUGGCAUCAAGCUCACGGAUGGAGCAGGGCUGCUGCAGGCCGGCCUCAACACACAGUUCGUCGUGGACCUGGGAGUGCUCUGCUCGCUGCGCCAGCUGCUAGAGGAGGGGUUCUUCCACGCAGACCCGCAUCCGGGCAAUCUGGUGGUGACACGUGGCGGCCAGCUGGCGUACUUUGACUUUGGCAUGAUGGGCGAGUUGCCACCUCAGCAGCGAAUCAGCAUCAUCCGCGCCGGCCUAGCGCAAGACUUCCGGGCGCUGCACUUCAUUCCUCUCGAGGCCCCUUCCCAGCCGUUGACAUUCUGCACCCCCCUCUGUCGUCCGCCCACCCAGGUGGUGCACUACGUGACUCGCAACGCCCACGGCCUGGCAGACGACUUUCCGGCGCUGCACUGCAUGCCAUCCCCCAAUGCCCUUUCACAGCCUGCAGACGUGGCGCCCGUCGCUGCUGCACUCGCAGAGGUGUUCCGGGAAGGCGAGGCGAGGAAAGGGGAGAGCAUGAGUGGCAGCACGAGUGGCAUGGACUUUCAGGGGGUCAUCCUGCGUCUCUCCUCUGUGAUGUACCGCUUCCGAUUCAGCCUGCCGCCGCACCUCUCUCUUGUUGUGCGCGCCCUGGGCUCGCUCGAAGGCACGGCCACAACGCUCGACCCCAACUUCAAGGUGGUGGCAACAGCGUACCCAUUCAUCAUAGCGCGUCUGCUCUCAGACCCCUCACCGGACAUGCGGGCCAUUCUGCGCCAGAUGCUGCUCUGGCCCUCGGGUGCCAUCCGCUGGCAGCGCCUGCAGCGACUGGCGUCCGUGCUCUCCAAACCAUCCCCACAGCACUCCACUGGGUUUGACCGUAGCUCUCCUAUAGAAGCUCAGGAGGGGGAAGCAAGGGCGGGGGGUUCUGCAGAGGAAAAGCAGCAGGCAACCGUCAGUGGGGAGGAGAAGCAGGGGGGUCAGAGGGACGAGUUGAGGGAGGGGGUGGAUGAGGCAGCGGUGGUGGCGGCAGCGGGGGAAGACGGAAGGACUGGUGUAAGGGCUUCACCAAAGGGCGAGGAGAGAGCAGCAGUGGGUGGGGAGGACAGGCAGGUGGGGGUACAGAGGGACGAGCUGAGGGAGGGGGUGGACGAGGCAGCAGCGGGGGAGUUGAAGACGUCUCGAGAGGAGAGGCUCAAGGGGACACAGAGGGAUGAGCUGAGAGAGGGGGUGGAUGAGGCAGCGGUGGUGGCAGCAGCAGGGGAUUUCCUGGCGUAUGUGCUGUCUCCCGAGGGCAGCAGCACAAGAGGGUGGCUCGUGCUUGAUGCGGUGGCUGCUGGGCAGCAAUGGGUUGAUGAGAGGGUUGGGUCGACUGGGAAGGAGCGAUGGGCGGAGGAGGAGGAGGCUCCCCCAGUGGACCCCCUCGAAAGUACUGGCAGCAGCGGUGCAGCGCGCACCGGAGCUGCAACUGCCGCUACUCUCCUAGAUUCAUUCCUUCCCCACCUGCUCCCAAGUGGAUCCCUUGGGAGCACCGGCAGCAGCGGUGCAGUGCGCGCCGGAGCUGCACCUCCUGUGGACCCUUUGGGAGCACUGGCAGCAGCGGUGCAGCGAGCACCAGAACUGUGGGUGCCGCUGCUGGUGGAGACGGCAGGCAGGGCGGAGGCAAGGGAGAUGGCCAGCAGGGUGGUGCGAGGGGUGGCUGCCCAUGCUGCCGACUCUGCUGUAGAAAGUGCUCUGCUUGCGAUGUCCCGAUGGCUGCACUUGAAAUAA